AUGAAUAGAGGAAGAGGAGGAUUUAGAGGAGGCCGCGGUGGUAGAACAGGACCUCCAAUACAACAAGGGCCUCCAGAAACAGUAUUGGAAAUGGGUUCAUUUAUGCAAGCAUGUGAAGGAGAUAUAGUAUGUCGUUCAAUUAAUGUUAAAAUACCAUAUUUUAAUGCACCAAUAUAUUUAGAAAAUAAAACACAAAUUGGAAAAGUUGAUGAAAUAUUAGGACCAUUAAAUGAAGUAUUUUUCACAAUAAAACCAUCAGAAGGUGUUAAAGCAGAAUCAUUUAAAGAAGGCGAUAAAUUUUUUAUAGGACCUGAUAAAUUAUUACCAUUGGAAAGAUUUUUACCAAAACCUCCACAAAUUGGACCAAAACCAAAAAGAAAAGGUGGAUCUAAUGGAGGUGUAGGUAAACCAUCAUUUGGUGGUCGCGGUGGCCGUGGUGGAUCAAGAGGAGGUGGUAGAGGUGGUAGAGGUGGUAGUUUUAGAGGUAAUUCAAGAGGUGGAUUUGGUGGAAGAGGAGGAUCAAGAGGUGGAUUUGGUGGUAGAGGUGGAUCAAGAGGUGGUAGAGGACGAUUUUAA